CACAGAGUCAACAACUCUCUCUGAAUUAAGACGAUGGCGGCUGCAAUGGCUUCUCAUGUUUCGACGGCUCGAUCACCGGCUCUUUCCUUCUCUUCUUCGUCUUCCUCCUUCUUCCCCGGUACUACUCUUCGGAGAUUCUCCGCCGUUUCACUCCCUUCUCCUGCUCUCCCUCGCCUUCGUGUUUCAUGUCAAGCCUCCUCCGUCACUUCGCCUUCUUCUCCUUCCGAUGUCAAAGGAAAAUCUGACCUGAAAGACUUUCUGGCAAUAGAUGAUUUUGACACAGCCACCAUUAAAACGAUUUUAGACAAGGCUUCAGAGGUUAAGGCCUUGCUGAAAUCAGGGGAGAGAAAUUAUCUACCUUUUAAAGGGAAGUCUAUGUCUAUGAUCUUUGCAAAACCUUCCAUGAGGACUCGGGUUUCGUUUGAGACUGGUUUUUUCUUGCUCGGUGGCCAUGCGUUAUAUCUAGGUCCCAAUGACAUUCAGAUGGGUAAGCGGGAGGAAACUCGUGAUGUUGCUCGUGUUCUUUCACGCUAUAAUGACAUCAUUAUGGCUCGUGUAUUUGCUCAUCAGGACAUUCUUGAUUUGGCUAACUACUCGAGUGUACCAGUUGUCAAUGGUCUGACUGAUCAUAACCAUCCUUGCCAAAUCAUGGCCGAUGCCCUCACAAUGAUAGAGCACAUUGGUCAAGUUGAAGGGACAAAGGUUGUGUAUGUUGGAGAUGGGAACAACAUGGUUCACUCUUGGUUAGAAUUGGCAUCCGUUAUUCCAUUCCACUUUGUCUGCGCUUGCCCAAAAGGGUAUGAACCAGACAAAGAAAGAGUUUCAAAGGCAAAGCAAGCUGGAUUAAGUAAGAUAGAGAUCACCAAUGAUCCUAAAGAAGCUGUUAUUGGAGCAGAUGUUGUGUACUCAGACGUAUGGGCCAGUAUGGGUCAAAAGGAUGAAGCCGAAGCUCGCCGGAAAGCAUUCCAAGGAUUCCAGGUGGAUGAAGCUCUGAUGAAGUUGGCGGGUCAAAAAGCCUAUUUCAUGCAUUGUUUGCCUGCAGAGAGAGGAGUUGAGGUGACCAAUGGAGUCGUAGAGGCUCCUUAUUCCAUUGUCUUUCCACAGGCGGAGAAUCGCAUGCAUGCUCAAAAUGCUAUAAUGCUUCACUUGCUCGGCUUUUAAACCUCUUUGUUAUCUUAGCUCUCGCAUGCGGUUGGUUCGUGUACCACAUUGACUUAAUAAUGUACUAUUUAUUAACCUUAGUUUGAGAAACCGUAUGAUGAAUAAGAUUUGUGGCUGAUUCAGCUGGGAAUAUGAAUGAGCUACUUUUCUAUAUAUGACACAUAGUUAUAAAUAUUUAUAACUAGUUAUUACAUCUCU